GGAGUGGGAGGGGAGGUGGCGGCGGUGGCGGGUAGUCGUUUUUUAUUUUUCGAGAUGACGCGUUCAGGGUAUCGCGCGAGUUUCGCUUGAGAGUAGGAUAUCUCGGGUUCCGGCGAAGUGUCCACGAAAAAAGAAGUAAAAGUGACGAGUGAAAACAGGAAGACCAAGACGGCCAAGAUGAUGAAGAAGGAGAAGCCGAUGAUGUCGGUGACCGCCAUCAUCCAGGGGACCCAGGCCCAGCAUUGGUCCCGUGGGAAUACUUGGCUGAGUCUGGACAACAGCAAUAUGUCCAUGUCCUCCGUGGGCCCACAGAGUCCACUGGACAUGAAGCCCGACACAGCGAGCCUCAUCAACACCGGAAACUUCAGCCCUUCCGGUCCAAAUAGUCCGGGAUCCUUCAACGCUGGUUGUCACAGCAACCUUCUGAGCACGUCGCCGAGUGGCCAGAACAAAGCAGUUGCGCCCUACCCGCCGAACCACCCUCUUUCCGGAAGCAAGCACCUCUGCUCGAUCUGCGGUGACCGUGCCAGCGGAAAGCACUAUGGCGUCUAUAGCUGCGAGGGAUGCAAGGGUUUCUUCAAGAGGACCGUGCGCAAGGACCUGUCGUACGCGUGUCGCGAGGAGAAGUCCUGCAUCAUCGACAAACGGCAGAGAAAUCGAUGUCAGUAUUGCAGAUACCAGAAAUGUCUGGCGAUGGGCAUGAAGAGAGAGGCGGUCCAGGAGGAACGUCAGCGUACCAAGGAAAGGGAUCAGAGCGAGGUGGAAAGCACCAGCAGUUUACACUCAGACAUGCCGAUCGAGCGUAUCCUUGAAGCGGAGAAGCGAGUCGAGUACAAGAUGGAACAGCAGGGAAACUACGAGAAUGCAGUGUCGCACAUUUGCAACGCCACGAACAAACAGCUGUUCCAGCUGGUAGCAUGGGCGAAACACAUCCCGCAUUUUACGUCGUUGCCACUGGAGGAUCAGGUACUUCUGCUCAGGGCCGGCUGGAACGAAUUGCUGAUAGCCUCCUUUUCCCACCGUUCCAUCGACGUGAAGGACGGUAUCGUGCUGGCAACGGGGAUCACCGUGCACAGGAACUCGGCGCAGCAGGCUGGCGUGGGCACGAUAUUCGACCGAGUAUUAUCCGAGCUUGUGUCGAAAAUGCGUGAAAUGAAGAUGGACAGGACAGAACUUGGUUGUCUCAGAUCCAUCAUACUCUUCAACCCUGAGGUCCGAGGACUGAAAUCCAUCCAGGAGGUGACGCUGCUCCGCGAGAAGAUCUACGCAGCCCUGGAGGGCUAUUGUCGCGUGGCCUGGCCCGACGACGCUGGUAGAUUCGCGAAACUACUGUUACGUCUGCCGGCCAUUCGGUCGAUCGGGCUGAAAUGUCUGGAGUACCUGUUCUUCUUCAAAAUGAUCGGCGACGUGCCGAUCGACGACUUCCUCGUGGAGAUGCUCGAGUCGCGGUCAGAUCCUUAG